AUGGAUACUACUACAACAACCAAUUUAGAAAGUAAUCCAAAUAAUAAUGAAACGAUCGAUCAAUUAUUAAAGGAAAUACAUAAUGAACCUCAAUUGGAUUUAAAAAGAAAAAUAGAUAAAUUAAAUCAAAUAACUGGAAGAAGAGGAAGCAUCAACAAAAUAUCAUCACUAUUGACACCAAAAACAAAAGAAGAAGCUAAAUUUAAUGCCAGUCUUUUAGAACAAAAUGAAAAAUUAACUAGAAUGUUUGGUGAACGUCCUGAAAUUGUAAUGAAACAAUAA